CGGGCCGUGCCGUGCCGUGCCGUGCCGCCGCGGCCGGGCGCCCUGCGGCCGGGCGCCCUCCCGCCGGGGCUGCGCCCGCUGACGAGGAGGGAGUGAGCGCCGACACCCCGUUGAGGAAGUGGCCGCGGCUGCGAGACAAAACGAGGAAGCGGCGGCGGCACCCGCGGCGCUACGCGCGGGUCCAGCCCCGCUCCCGGCCGUACCUCGACGAGGCGCGGCCAGGCACGGCACGGCUCGGCGGAGCCGCCCGCCCGAGGGCUGCCUCCCUGCCGGCUCUCUCCCGGCGGCGGCGGCGGCGGCGGCGGCGGCGCGGGGCCAAGCGACCCGCGGUGGAGCGGUAUAGAAUACUGAGUUUGCUACUUGGAAAAGAAAAGACAUGGCUUCCAACAUGACGAACCCUGCUAACCAUUUGCCAUACUUCUUUGGCAAUAUUACAAGGGAAGAAGCCGAGGAGUAUCUGAUGCAAGGAGCAGCAAGUGAUGGACUAUACUUGCUCCGCCAAAGCCGGAAUUACCUGGGGGGCUUUGCCUUAUCCUUGGCCCAUGGAAGGAAAGUUCAUCAUUAUACAAUUGAGAGGGAGUUGAGUGGCUCGUAUGCUAUUGCAGGAGGCAAGUCGCAUGCCAGUCCUGCCGAACUCAUUAACUAUCAUUCAGAGGAAGCGGAUGGCCUUAUCUGUCUACUGAGAAAACCUUUCAACCGACCACCAGGCGUUCAACCCAAAACAGGACCCUUUGAAGAUUUAAAAGAGAACCUCAUCAGAGAGUAUGUCAAACAAACUUGGAAUUUGCAGGGGCAUGCUCUUGAACAAGCUAUCAUUAGUCAAAAGCCACAGCUGGAGAAGUUGAUUGCCACUACAGCCCAUGAGAAGAUGCCAUGGUUCCACGGGAGGAUCUCUCGGGAAGAGUCAGAACACCGUAUCCUCAUUGGGCCAAGAAGCAAUGGAAAAUUUCUUAUCCGAGAAAGGGACAACAAUGGUUCCUACGCCCUGUGUCUGCUGAAUGAUGGAAAGGUACUGCAUUACCGUAUUGACAGAGAUAAGACAGGAAAGCUCUCCAUACCGGAUGGGAAAAGAUUUGACACCCUCUGGCAGUUAGUUGAGCAUUAUUCAUACAAACCAGAUGGAUUAUUAAGGGUUCUUACCAUUCCCUGUCCACAACUUGGCUCAGAAAAUGAUAAUGUUGUUUUUAACUCUCGUCUUCCUCUUCCUGGAACCCCUUCUAAGAGUUGGGCAGGAGGUGGAAUUAUCUCAAGACUCAAAUCGUACACCUUUCCAAAGGCUGGCAGCAAAAAGCUUCAGGGAACUAUCGGCCACUCACCUGAUGAAGCACCUUUUAAUCCGUAUGUGCUGCAAAGGAAGAGGGGACUUACAGGAGCAGAAAAAGGUGAUCAGAGAGAGGCCUUACCCAUGGAUACUGAGGUCUAUGAAAGUCCAUAUGCUGAUCCAGAUGAAAUAAAACCAAAAAAUGUCACUCUUGACAGAAAAUUGUUAACCUUGGAGGAAGGAGAACUUGGGUCUGGCAACUUCGGUACUGUAAAGAAAGGGUUCUAUAGGAUGAAAAAGGGUGCCAAGCCAGUGGCUGUAAAAAUUCUUAAGAAUGAGAGUAAUGAUCCAGCCAUAAAGGAUGAAUUACUGAGAGAAGCAAAUGUAAUGCAGCAACUGGAUAACCCCUAUAUUGUCCGAAUGAUAGGCAUAUGUGAAGCUGAAGCCUGGAUGUUAGUAAUGGAGAUGGCCGAACUUGGGCCAUUGAACAAAUUUUUGCAAAAAAAUAGACAUGUCACGGAGAGGAAUAUAACAGAGCUGGUACAUCAGGUUUCCAUGGGGAUGAAAUACCUGGAGGAGAAUAACUUUGUUCAUAGGGAUUUGGCUGCAAGGAACGUGCUAUUAGUCACCCAACAUUAUGCCAAAAUUAGUGACUUCGGACUUUCUAAAGCUCUUAGUGCCGAUGAAAAUUAUUAUAAGGCACAAAGUCAUGGAAAAUGGCCAGUGAAGUGGUAUGCUCCAGAAUGCAUGAAUUUCUACAAAUUUUCUAGCAAAAGCGAUGUCUGGAGCUUUGGGGUUUUAAUGUGGGAAGCUUUCUCUUAUGGGCAAAAACCAUAUAAGGGAAUGAAAGGUGGUGAAGUUGCCCAGAUGAUUGAAAGAGGAGAACGCAUGGAACGUCCUGAAGUCUGUCCAACGGAAGUCUAUGAUCUAAUGAAACUGUGUUGGACAUACAAUGUUGAAGACCGACCAGGAUUUGUUGCGGUUGAGCUGAGAUUACGUAACUACUAUUAUGACAUUUCCCACUAACAGCAUGAAGAACAGCAGCUUCUGUGCCUCCAGCCAGCACCUUCUGGAUGCAGUUCCGUUUCAGAAAACAAGCGACUUUCAUUUUUGUACUGCCACCUUCACCCUGCAAAGCUCAGAGCUAAGCCCUGUGUCUGUAGGGUUGCUUUUUUUUGCCUUCUGCACAAUAUCUAGUCCCCCAAAUAGAGUGUUGAAAGUGGAGAGCCCCAAAGCAAGGAGCAAGGACGUCAGAGCAGAUGCUUAUACUUUUGCUAUAUUCCAUUUCAUUUUAUUUACAGUUCUAUUGGCAUUACAUUUUGCGGUCAUGUAAAACCUAUUUAAUGUCUUUCAGCCCUCUUCCUCUCUUGUAUUUGAAUGCAGAUUGGGAUUUAGAUUCUUGUUAUUAAUAUUCGUAGCCCUCAAAUGCAUUAAGAGUUGUUCCAGCCUUCCCGCUCCCCAGGGAAGAAUAGCAUAAACAUUCCUCACUGUGAAGGAAAUUCACUGUGAAUAUGACACACUGUGAAGUGUGUCAGUUGCUUUGACUUUGACUUGACGCAUGUUUGAUUUUACCCCCAAGCCCCUUUAAAACCAAAUCAUAUUCUCAGUAGUAAUGUAGGCAGAGGGGAACUAGGAGAUGUGAAUUUCUACCAUCAUCAUCUCCUUUAAAUGUGACCAGCUUCUCCCAUUCCUCAUCUCAUGUGGAAGCUCAGCUGUCCCUCAGGGAGCUAUUUUCUUCCUGGUGAAAUAUGGGAACUCAGGGCUUGCUCUCAUCUUCAACAAAACACAUCAGCACCUAAGACAAUGAUUCUGGGUUUCAGCACGAACUCCAUCACUGCAUUCCUGAAAAGCUAGCUGUACAGUGAAAGGUGACAGAGCAGCUCCUUUCUCUCUCUGUGCUCUUUCAGUCUUUCCAGAGGUAUCUUUUCCAUGUAUCUCUUUGGGUAUACCAAAGCUCCUUGUGUUGUGUUUUGAGUAGCAAUCAUUGCUAUCUUCUUUUCAAACAUUUCUUGAAAAGCAUUUGUGAGAAUUGACAACACCUUACUGCCUCUAAAGCUAAAUUUCACCCCUAGCUCAAAUAUUUUAAAACAGGUGUAUGGACACUGAAUUUACUUUUGUCCACUCUGAAAUGUUAGUAUUUGUCUUCUUAUUAAUGCCUGUGGGCACCUCAGGAAAAGGUAUUUGUCUUAUCAAUCUUGUGUAAUGGACCAUGCAUCUACAUUAAUGUGCAAGUAUAGCAAUGGUAAUAACAAAUAAUGUAAUCAACUUCUGAUUCUCUUUUUACCCUUAUGCUUUAUUUGUCCAAUCUCAUUUUAAAUAUUAUAGAUAUCAAAAUUCCUAUGACUUAUUCCUCACAAGCAUGUACUUUACUGGCAGUUACAUAUCUCUCAGGAGUCUACACACAUUGUAUCUAGUAGAUAUAGAGAUUUUAGAAGAACAUGAAGAAUAAGAUUUAGAAUUAGAUAUAUUUAUUGCAUAUGGCUGGUUAGAACAUACGUGUUUAAUUGUUGUGUGAACAGGGUAUUCGUAGAGAGGCAGUCAUUUUUUCCCUAACAAAGAAACUGUGUGGGCAAGUACAGUGAGAAAGCAUGAAAUCUUUUUCAUAAAAGAGGUGAUUAUAAACAAA